AUGCCAGUCUCAUAUCGAGCACAGCCGCAAUAUGAGUGGCCGAACCUUCCCGUAUACAGGCAUCCCACGCAUGAACAAGCAUGGCUAACGACAGACCCAGCCCCUCCAGGCGACAACGCAACUAACAUCCUCAUCCUCCUGCACGGCCUCGGCGACUCGCACGCCUCCUUCACCGCACUAGGCCAACAACUGCGUCUGCCAGAAACAGCAUGCAUCUCCCUCCAAGGCCCGCAGACCCUGCUGGACCUCGGCGGCCACCACUGGGGCGACGACAUUCUUUUCGACUCCACCUCCGGCGGCCUGGAUCCCGAUGCGGGUUUUGAGCAGAGCACUGAGUUUCUGAGGAAGAUCGUGCUCGACUCGCUGGUGGGCAAGUGCGGGUAUCAGUUGCGGGAGAUUGUGGUGUUUGGAUUUGGACAGGGUGGGAUGGCUGCCUUGAAUGCGGUCGUCGAUCUCCACCAACACGGUCAACAACAGCCAAACGAACUAGCCGGCGCAAUCAGCAUCGGAGCCGGCCUCCCCAGCUCCGCGCCCGCAUCUCUAAACCCCAAGCUCUCCACUCCAGUCCUGGUGUGCGCCGGCGCCGACGCAUCUGCCGUGACCUCCACUUCCGAGGAGAAGUUGAGACACGUCUUCGCCUCUGUGGAGAUCAAACGCUAUCGGAGAGCGGGCGACGGCAUGCCGCGGGAUCGGGAUGAGAUGAUGCCCAUUAUGCAGUUCUUUGCGCGGAGGCUGAGGAGCUCCAAGGGCGUUCCCAAGGGGAGUGUGGAGAUUGGGUGA